CCAGUUCUGGGGUUAGAAGGGUGUCUGGGAAGGCCAGAGGCUGGCCUGAGCCUGGCUCUGGGGACCCCCUUCAUCCAGAAGAACCAACUCACCGCCCUCCUCCUUCACGUCCUGCCGGGACCAUGGGGGCUGGGGCCAGCGCUGAGGAGAAGCACUCAAGGGAGCUGGAAAAGAAGCUGAAAGAAGAUGCUGAGAAAGAUGCUCGAACCGUGAAACUGCUGCUUCUGGGUGCUGGUGAAUCUGGGAAGAGUACCAUUGUCAAGCAGAUGAAGAUUAUCCAUCAGGACGGGUACUCAUUGGAAGAGUGUCUCGAGUUCAUUGCCAUCAUCUAUGGCAACACACUACAGUCCAUCCUGGCCAUCGUGCGUGCCAUGACCACACUCAACAUCCAGUACGGAGACUCUGCACGCCAGGAUGAUGCCCGGAAGCUGAUGCACAUGGCGGACACCAUCGAGGAGGGUACGAUGCCCAAGGAGAUGUCAGACAUCAUCCAGCGGCUAUGGAAGGACUCCGGUAUCCAGGCCUGUUUCGAGCGAGCCUCAGAGUACCAGCUCAAUGACUCCGCUGGCUACUACCUCUCAGACCUGGAGCGCCUGGUAACCCCGGGCUACGUGCCCACGGAACAGGAUGUGCUGCGCUCCCGUGUCAAGACCACGGGUAUUAUUGAGACGCAGUUCUCCUUCAAGGACCUCAACUUUCGGAUGUUCGAUGUGGGCGGGCAACGCUCAGAGCGCAAAAAGUGGAUCCACUGCUUCGAGGGGGUGACCUGCAUCAUCUUCAUCGCCGCGCUGAGCGCCUACGACAUGGUGCUGGUGGAGGACGACGAAGUGAACCGCAUGCACGAGAGCCUGCACCUGUUCAACAGUAUCUGCAACCACCGCUACUUUGCCACCACGUCCAUCGUGCUUUUCCUCAACAAGAAGGACGUCUUCUCGGAGAAGAUCAAAAAGGCACACCUCAGCAUCUGCUUUCCGGACUACAACGGGCCCAACACGUAUGAGGACGCCGGCAACUACAUCAAGGUGCAAUUCCUCGAGCUCAACAUGCGACGCGACGUGAAGGAGAUCUAUUCCCACAUGACGUGCGCCACCGACACGCAGAACGUCAAGUUUGUCUUCGACGCUGUCACCGACAUCAUCAUCAAGGAGAACCUCAAAGACUGCGGACUCUUCUGAGGUGCCUGAGCUCAUGCGUCCCUGAGACCCUGCAGCCCUUGCCACCUUGUAGCCCCAAUGCACAUGACCCUAUCAGUCCCCCAGGACUCCUGGGCCCCAGCCUGUGGCCCCACCCGCCACACACUCAAAGCCCUAAACCCUGCUAGCCUUGAGGCCCUAUAACCCUCCCUCGUGGCUCCCAGGAUUCUCAGGUCUCCAAGAGUCCAAUGCCCCCAGCCACCCCAGCACUGCCCUUCACGGCCUGGCUGCACUGGCCUCCCAGACCUACCACAGCCAGCCCCAGCUGGAAGCAAGCAGGACUUGGGGCAGCUACAGCUCAUGGUGACUCAGCAGUACCCCCACUGACGAAUCUCCUGUCUCUCUUCUGCCCCAGGAGGCCCAUGACUCACCUGGCGAGUCUGGGUUCAGCAAACAGCCCUCUCUCCCAGAGCUUUAUGAAGGGCAGGGGGCAGGCAUGGAGCCCUCUUCUGAGCAGACCUGCUGCUUGCCCAUUCUAGCCUUACCACCUCCAUGUGACAGGGUCUGAUGCCCAUCUGCCCAGUGGCCAGUGACUGCCCCGCCCAGCAGAUUCAGGAGUCCAAAGUCCAGGCCAACUCUGGCCUGUGCAGCCUGUACGGAGACGACUUAGUGAGUCAGGGCAAGCCUGGGGGCUCCUGGUACCAGGAAUAGACUCGAGCUGGAAACUUCCCAUCCCCUAAGCCCUCCCCCCAUAGGCUCUGCCCACACUGUCCUUGGACACCAGAGUCACGUCCUACUCCCCCCCAGCCCACAGCACUCUAGGCCAGCCACUCUGUCGAGGGAGGGUACUGUUGACACCAGUUGUGGCCAAUGGUCAAACUGUCCUGAGGGGUGGCUGGGAGCAGAGUCCAGCUCCCAUUGAUCAGCCCCAGGCAGAGGAUUUGAGACCGGAAGGAGGCCCAGAUUAUGUCCAGAGGGGUCUGCCUCAG